CCGGUGGUGCGCGGGAGCCGCCUCCCCCCGUGCGCGGCCCGCGGCGUGGUACAGCCCGCUGCUUCAUUUCCCGUGCGCGGCCUGGCUGCCGCUUCCUUUCCCCCGCAGUCCCGGGCCACGAGCGCUCCUCGCUGGUCGCCGGGUCCUUGGCAGGCGGUCGCUGACUGUCCUUGGGCCUGGCGCGCGCACACACAUCCCAAGGGUCCCCGGAAGUCCCCGUCUGCCAGGGACCUGAUGCUUUCGUGCCUCUGCAUGUGAGGCAGAGUUCCUGCUGCAGAAAGGAGGCAGGUCUCCAGGGCUCUGGUGAGGGCUGCUGGGGGACCCCGGGGCAGGCCGGGUCUGGCGGUCUUGGCUCCUGAGCUGCCACCUUUGUUGGGUUUGGGGUGGGGCACAGGGUGUUUCUGGCCUGUUUUCCCACCUGGGAUUGGGCGAAAGCCCCGUCCUGUGUGCACAACAGGAGGACGGUCUUGUUCACGCCUGGCAUGACGCAGCACGGGCCCCGGGUCUGCGGCUGCUGAGGCCCGUGGACCGCGCGUGGCUGUCCUGCGUCGUGUCCAGCAGCCAGGUUUUGUGGUAGCACGACAGUGGGGCUGGGUCGGGGUCCCCUGUACAGCUCCAGGGGGCCACCGGGGUGCUGGCUGACCUCUCCGCAGGUUGGAACAGGUGGGAGGGUGCUCGGAAGGCGUCCCCCAGGGCCUGCCUGGGCUCCGGAUAGCGGCAGUCCCGAGAGGUGCUCAUUUCAAGGGGCAGCCGAGUGGGUGGACUCUGUCGCCUGCUGGGGUUUGGGUGGUGGGCGUGUCGGGUGCUCGACCUUAGUUCACCCCACCACACACCUCCGGCCUCCUUCCUCCACGCUCUGCAACGGCCUUGUGGCUUGCUUGUGCUGCCCUUUCUGACUGCGUCUAACCUUGCUGCUUUCUCUUCAUGCCGUCCCAGGAGGCCCGAGUAAAAGUAAGUACCCCUGUCCCCUGCCGCGGCGUCCCCUCCGCCUCAGCCGGGGAGCCCCUGGUCCGCUUGUCACAGCAUGUGGGGCCUGGCGGGCCUCCCUUUCCUUGUCUGCAACAUGGAGGUGCUGGGUUUGCUGGAGCUGGGCUUUGGUCCUGUGGGGUAGGGUAGCGGCGGGGCUGCGUGUCUCCGGGAUUCCCUGGACUGAGCCCGUUCCUGCCUUGGGGAGGGGGCACCCCCUGAGCAGGCCAGGAGUAGCUGGCCGGCUUCCGCCUCUGGGCAGAGUCUGCAGUGAUGUUGGGAGACAGGGACAGCAUUGAGGCUGAUAGGGGCUGGCAGGGCCUCCACGCUGGGAGGCUCAGUCUGGUGGGUGUAGCUCGAGGGGUCCGGCCAGCCCAGCCCUGGGCUGUCCGGGUGAGGGUCUGCCAGGGGCUUGGUGCCAGAAAGGCUGAAGGGCAGACAAGCCCUGCCCGAUUGGCCUGCGGUCUCCUCAGGGACAGUGGGUGAUGUCACAAUGCCUUGCCUCCUGGGCACCCGCUCCCGCCUCCCACCACUGCCUCUGCCACCAGCCUGGCCUUGGUGAGUACCACUGCCCGCCUGGGGAGGAAGGCGCGAGGCAGGGGUCAGAGCUCUGUCCACGCCUGGGGCUCUUGUGCCAUCAGAGGCCCCCAGCAUGUCCCUUCACAGUACAAGGGAGACUCUUCCCCAGAUCCCGGUGACUGUGGGGCUUAGACAGCUGAUGUGUCCCACUGGGUAAUGAGAACCAGGUUUUGGUUUUGUUAGGAAAGGGAUGUUGACCCCGUAUAGAUGGUGGGAACAGUUUGCUGUCCUCCCUGCGGAGCCCUCGUCUUCUGGAAAUGAGGGCCCAGCACGUGGGUGCCCCCGCAUAGGUCACUGCGUGACCCCACAGAAGCAGGGGACCCCACAUCCUGAGGGGAUGCCGGUCAGCCCCCGGGCAGAGUAGCUCCUGGGUGUUGGUCGGCUGGUGGGGGUCCUUCUGUUUUGGGGGAGCAGGGCCCGGAGUCAGAUCUGUGGCCGGAAGGACUCUGCCACUUGCAUCCAUGCCUCUGGAAGCAGAGUGUGUGCUCAGACCACUAGGUGCGCCCUAAGAGCAGACCGGCUUCUGCGUCUUUCUGGCCUUGACCGCUGCUGGCCAGAGGCUGUGAUGGUGGCAGUGGCUCCGAGCCGUGGUUCACGUGACCGUGGUCUCCAAACCGGAGGGAGCAGCAUCUGUAGUGAGGAAGCUGAGGCCUGGUCCACCGUAGCAGAUGGGACCCAGAGCCCCCAGCCUGCCUUCCAUCGCCGGCCUGGGGAGGCGCCCCCGAGUCAGAUGGCGCUGAAAGGAGGGGUGGGCGUCCUCACGACACCCUAGGGCCCAGAGAGGGUCAGGUGGCCUCCCCGAGCUGUAAGCACAGCCAGAGCGGUGGGCGGACGGCCGGCGGCUGCUGCUGACAGGGGGCCUGGUUCUUCCCCGGUGUGGCCCUGCCAGGACGGGCCCUCCGGCCUCCGCUCCGCUAGGAGCGUGUGCCUCCCCGGGGCAGGUUGGCCAGCCUCAGAGACCCCCAGAGCGACUCUGGAAACCAGAACCGGCAGUGCUGUGGGCACGUGGCCGAACGUAGCAAAAUCAGAGGCCGUCCGGUGAGAAGUGUAGCUGAGCAGUGAGCGAUUUUUCAGCACAAGUGUCUGUCUUGUGGAACGUGCUUGUCCUAAGAGCGAUCUGUCGUUGUUUCUAGAAUCACGUUGAGUGCGCGCACCCUGUGUGUCGUGCAGCAGCUCUCUGCAGAGGCUCUAGGAGAGGAGGUGUCUGUGGCCGAACGGGGAAACGGUGUUGUCUAGACCCCGUGCAGAGCCGGGUGCCUUAGCAAAGAUGAGUUUUGCAGUGAAGGGAGCACAGACACGUGUCUGCUCUUUGCUUCCCUGAGUUUCCCGCGGGCUGGACUCUAGGUCCUUGCUAGCUACCGUAUGGCACCCCCGUUGGGGAGCACCCCCAGCCCACCAGCCCCUCAAGUCAGGCUGAGGAGGGGGUGGGGCCGUCCUCCCGUGGCCCGCUGUGUUGCAACUGCCUUCUUGUGCUUGCUUUUUAACGCUGUGCGGAAGAUGAGGAGCGGGAAGGCCUCCUGUGCCCUGGAGACGGUCUGGGAGGACAAGCAGAAGUAUGGGGAAGCCGAGCGGCGUUUCUACGAGCAGGAGGCCACACGAGCCGCCGCCACCCAGCAGCUCCCGGCGGAGGGGCCAGCCGUGAACGGGCCAGGGCAGGAGGAGGCCAAGGACGCCGAGGAGGCAGGUGCCCCCGACAACAGCGGCACGAGUGACCCCAGGAAGAGCCUGGAUGGAAAGAAGCCGCCGCAGAAGAAGAGGAAGCGCUCCCCCAAGAGCGGCCUGGGCCAGGCCGACCUGGCCUUGGUGGGCCUCUCCGCCGACCGCGUGUGGCUGGACAAGCCCGUGUUUGACCAGGCGGAGAGCUCCUACCGCCAGAAGCUGGCGGCCGCGGCCGCCCAGACAGCCCAGCCAGCCGCCCUGGGCCCCCGGGGCCCCUGCACGCACGGAAGCCAGGUGGCCUGCCACCACGUGACCUGGGGCGUCUGGGUCAACAAGUCCGCCUUUGACCAGGCCGAGCGGGCGUUUGUGGAAUGGUCUCAGGCCCUGCUGCUGGCCGCUGAGGGGAGCGGCCGGCCGGGGGCUUCCGACACGGGCCAGCGGGCCGCCGCCCCCGACCGCCAGCCCAGCCCGCUGGCCGCCAGCCCAGCCCCACUGGGCAGCCUGCAGGCGCUGGUGCGGGAGGUGUGGCUAGAGAAGCCCCAGUACGAUGCAGCGGAGAGGGGCUUCUACGAGGCCAUGUUUGACGGCCACCCCCCGGGGAAGGUGCGUCUGCAGGAGCGGGGGGGCCCGGCCGAAGGGGCCCGGCGGGGCCGCAGAGACCGGCGGGGCCGAAAUGCCACGGGAGGCAAGCGGGUCGGGCCUCGGCGGGUCGACGGGGAGGCCUCGCCUGCUGUGCCCUACGGGUACUUCCUGCACCGGGACGCCGAGGCCCCCUGGCUCAGCAAGCCCACCUAUGACAGCGCGGAGAGCCGCCACCACGCUGCUGAGGCCCUCCGCAUGGCCUGGCGCCUUGAGGCCGCGUCCCUGGCUCACCGACCCAGCGCCCGCUCGGGCCCGUCCGUGCCCAGCCUGAGACCCAACAGGAAGAUGGCUACAAACUUCCUAGUGCACGAGAAGAUUUGGUUUGACAAGUUCAAAUACGAUGACGCAGAAAGAAAAUUCUACGAGCAGAUGAACGGGCCUGUGGCUGGCUCCUCGCGCCAGGAGAACGGCGCCAGCGUGAUCCUCCGAGACAUUGCGAGAGCCAGAGAGAACAUCCAGAAAUCCCUGGCCGGGUCUGGAAGCCGGAAGUCCAAGGUCGAGGUGUACGCAGGUUCUGAGCUUCCUUCUGGGCAUGUGCGUGGCCUUUGUUCUCCUGUGUAUUUUCAUUGUUUUCCCUCCGGGUGUCUGUGUCUAGCUUUCCUUCUAUAAGGACAGUAGUCAGAAUCAGGGUCACCCUAAGGAGCUCACGGUAACUGGGUUGCCACCGUGGAGGCCCGAUAUCCAAGUAAGCUCGUGUUUUGAGGCCAUGGUGGGGACUUCAGAGGCCUGCCCUUCGGCUGCUGAUAGGGACCCAGGACAGACCUUGUUGGCUCAGCCCCAGGCGUGGAUUUGGGUCGGAGAAAGCUGGGAUGUUAGCACCCAGAGCUUCCGGGGCAUUGUGCGUGGUGGCGGGGAUAGGGUUGGACGUGGGGAUGGAAGGUGGCACUGUCCCUGUGGCCCACUGUCACAGGCUAGGACUAGACAGGGUGGCCUUGGCCUGCCUCACAGGCUGGGGCUGGGUCUCAGAUGGCCUGGCAUCCUCAGUCCUUGCCUGGCUCAGGGUCAGGGUGGGUGAGGCCAUCCCAGGGCAUAGAUGUGAGAGGCCGGGGGGUGCACACAGGGCGCGGUGGUAGUAAUGCAGUGGCCACCAGCCCCCGGGGCUCUGCCUGCCACUUCCCUUACUUAGCCUUGUGGUUGGGGGUUGGGGGGGGCUUGCCUGGAGCUUGCCCCCUUGGGACCUGUCAGCAGGCAGCCCCCACUCAGUGGUGUCCACAGCCUGCGGCUGGACCCUGAUGGAUUUGCUCGGCCGGUGCUGAGCCCCCAGGAGAGGGGAGCCAGGCCUGGCUGUGUGGGCUGGGGGAACAGGAGGGGAUGGCUGGAAUUUCAUUCCCAUGUGAUGGAAACCCUUGGGAAGUGCUGUUGAGAAUGGCAGUGGGAGCUAAGUGCUGGGGACACGGGCGGGAGAGGGGCCAUGUGCCCGGUGGCGGCGGCCAGGGCUUUGGGGAGCCCUGCCCAGCUUUCCGCGGGUGGGCAAGGGCUUGAGCUGAAGGCAGGGACUGCCUGUGCUCCUGCUCCUGCCCCUGCCCCUGCCCCAGCCCCAGCCCCAGCCGCGCGGCAGCUGGUCUGCCUCUGGCCGGCUCUGCUAGGAGCCAGAGGUGGGAGCUGCUGGGUCAUGGGGACGGAGAGCACUGGCCUGCAUUGCUCACCGACCCCCAGUAGGGAGCUGGGCGCCUGCCAGCCUGUCCUUUCUGGGGCCCGUUAGCCCAUCUGUGAUUUGGGGUGCAUCAAACACAGGAGAAGGCCGUGGGCUUGCCCUCAUGGGGGGGCUUCCUGUCCACUCUGUUGCGGGGGGGUGUCGGCCCCUGAGGCGUAAUGUGGGCUUGAGAUGCGGUGCCCUGCUGAGUCCGGUGACGCAGGUUCCGGGUCAGGGAGGACCCUGAGGGAGGCUGACAGGCAGCUGUGCGGCCCCCGGUCACCCAGAGCCUUCAAGGGCUGAGCCCGUGGGCCAGGUGACAGGUGUAUAGCCUGGGGGAGGCAAGGUGCUAUGGAGUGCCUGUCCCUGGCACAGAACAGCUCCUUUUUCUACCCUCACUGGGCCCUCAACUCUUUUCUGUCCCAUCUGCGGUUCCAAGCUGUGCUGCCUGGUCCCAUUAGGGCCCUGGCUGUCCCAGGGUUAUGGGCAGAGACAGCCAGCUGUGGGUCCGGCACUACCCCCUGCCCGGCUCCCCUGGGCCCUGUGCUUCCUGCUUGGGUUUGUGCUCACAGGGCCACCUCCCCCCUGGGCUGGAGUAUCGCAGGUGGACUGAGCAGGGCCAACAGGAGCUGCUUCUUAGUGUCCAGCCGGUCCCCCACACGUGUUGAGGUUCUGAUUUCUUGGUGGCUGUGAACCGGGGCACCCUGGGAGCAGGCUGGGGGUCGGGGGCACAUCCUCACUUCCCCUCU